UUAAAUAUUUCAUGGGAUCUAAAGUCGAAUCAAAAUCUUGAAGAUGAAAGUAGUAAAGAAUUAUACUCAUUUCAUUGAGCUGUUUUUAAAGAGUGUAGCUUGCUGGGAUUGGUAUACAAAGCCGGAGAGAGCACAUCAGAUAAUCAUAAAUAACCUCUACUUGGCUCUGGUGAUGUUUUCUCUGGCAAAUACGUCGAUUAGUUUGACGGUACAUUUAUAUACCGACUGGACGGACGUAAUGUCGAGUCUGGACAGCAUGGCGGACGGACUUCCGGUUAUAGUGGCUGUAUUCAUCGUCGCUUACUUCGCUAGCCACAAAACUGAAUUAUAUGAUUUGGUUAAUUAUAUGAACACGAUGUUUAAAUGGCGCUCAGCUCACGGCUUAACGAAUAUGACCAUGUGGCAGAGUUAUAAGACCGCAAAAACAUUUGCAUAUCUGUAUACAGCAUGUACACUUUUCAGUGUUGCCACAUACGCCUUGUUGCCGGUGAUCGCUUAUCUGCUUUUCGAAAAGCCUCUGCAGCACUGGAUUUAUAUGGACGUCACCAACAAUUUCCACUUGUUUUUAAUUCUGAUCCGUCAAUGUAUGUCCCAGGUGUUUGUUGGACUUGCAGUUGGUCAAUUGGGAGUUUUUUUCGCAUGCCAUUCCAUUUUGUUGUGUGGUCAGAUCGAUCUGUUAUGUUGCUCGCUGCAGAACGUUCGUUUCACCGCGCUUAUGUUGAGAGGUGUCCAACAUGGCGCCCUCGUGAAACAAUACAGAGGUAUAGAGCAGGAAGAGAGACAUAACUAUUUAUACAAUAAGUCAGAAAUGGUUGACAGUCAUUACCAUUAUGACGAGAAAGUGAACAUACAGUUUAAGAAAACAAGUCAAUUUGAUAUUUAUAGCAGCGAGUAUGAAGACGCCACUUGCGCUGCCCUUCGAGAAUGCGCGCAAGUAGCAAGAGUUAUCAAAUCGUAUAAGGACCGCUUUGAAAGUUUUGUAUCUCCGUUGCUUGUGUUGCGCGUCGUUCAAGUUACUCUGUACCUUUGCACUUUGUUGUAUACUACUUCAGAGAAAUUCGACAUGGUCACUGUAGAGUAUUUGGCGGCGGUAGCAUUAGACAUGUUCGUUUACUGCUAUUUCGGGAAUCAGAUUACAUUACAGUCGGAUCGCGUCAGUAGCUCGGCGUAUUACAGCGGGUGGUAUUGUUGUGGUAAACGAGGCCGCCGUCUGUUGCUGCACGUGUUGUUGUCCCAUCAUCGCAGCGUGCUGGUGCGCGCGGGGCGAUUCCUCCCCAUGAAUUUGCACACGUUCCUCAAGAUAUUAAAAACAUCAUUUUCAUAUUAUACACUUCUGGUAAAUGUAAAUGAAAAAUAACUAUAUAAAUAUAGAGGAUUUCAAAUAAAAAGCAUCAAAUUUUUUGAAAGUAUUUUAUUUAUGAAAUUAAUAUACAAUUCUCUUGUUCAUACAUCAAUAAUUUAUUGAUUUAAGUCGGCCGGCGGCCACUGUACGCAGUUCAGUCUGAUUCAUUGCGAAAUAAAUAAUGAUUAAGUUUACAGCUCCCCCGCGUGAUUUUUCAAUUCUGGUAACACUAUCGGUGGAUUUUAAUACACGGACCAAAUAUUUAAAACGCUCUCUUAUUUCAUAUUAUAAGCAGACGAUCGUUUUUACGUAUAAACAUGCAAUCAAUGUGAGCGAUAUGACGUUUAUUAAAAGUUUCACUUAAAAAAAGUGUUCAUGAUAAAAAAAAAAUCAGUACGGUAUUAAUACCGAUACAAAAACUGACAUUCCUUGAUAGGUUUGAUUUUCAAGUAUUCCAUUUUUAAAUUUUAUAUUCGAUGGCCCGUGUAGAAUGUUUUGAAUAUGGAACGCGGGGGGCGGGGCAACGACAAAGCACACUACUCGCAAUCACUAACGCAAAUGAGGACAUAGGCUGUUCACGAUAACGCUUACUACUUAAUUACUUAUAAAUGUUUAAUUACCUUUUAAUAUUAUUACAUUUUCUCAAUGUCCUUAAUACAAAUCUAAUGUGCGACUUUGGUGCACUCGAGAUUCCUCUCUUGAUGAUUGUACUAUAUUUUAAUGGAAGUGGUGUUUAUCUAAUUUACACCUGUAUAAAAUAUUGCUCAUUAUUUAUUGCGAUGUGUCUGUGGUAUAUAGAUUUUUUUUCUUAAACGACAUUAAUUUGUGACUAAAUCUACAUAUCUAUCCUUUACUAAAU